AUGGAAGCAGCUAGUAAUGCACAAAAUUCAGAUGAUAUUGAAUUAAAAGCCGAUGACCUUAUUGGGCUGUAGUUCCUUUGGAGAAGAAAGCGACCCAUUAAUCUCUAGGCCUUCCAGACUAGGUUUAGGUGCUAAAUAUAUUCCGCAUUUUCGUAAGGAUCUUUCAGAGUUGAAGGGAGUAAAAAAGGAGAUACUCGCUGAAAAACGUCUCAAAAACUCUUUAGAAAAGUAUACGGAAGACUCACAUGAGAGCGAGGAUGAGAGUGCUGAAUUAACUAAAAUAAAUUUUAAACGAAGUUCUAAUAAAUUUCCUGACCUUUAUGAAUUGCUCGUAAAUACUAAAAAGCAAAAGAAGAAAAUGCGUGCUCUAAAAAAAAAAAUUUAUUAUGAAGCCAAAGUUAACGAGUGCAAGUCUAGUGCCCUUCAAACUCCUCAAAGAUUUUUAACUUCCAAGUCUCAUACUAAGGAGCCAAAGUUUUGCAAACUUUAUCACGAAGCUUCUAAAAAGUCGUGCGAUUCAGAGCAGGAACUACCACCGAAGACCUUUUGCAAGCGUUUAAAAAAAAGAAGCAAACAGAAAAAUAUUAAAAAGGACCGUCGCCCUUUCAAAGAAAGGCCGGGUGCCUGAUUUUGUUUUACAUUGCAAGAAUAUUGCUACCUUUUAUUGAAUUAGUGUGUAAAUUUAGUUGCCGC